AUGGAGGACGAAGAAGGCUACACUGCUCUCACCUUCCAGGCUAGAAGGAACGCUUCAAAAGCUGCUUCUCCAGCUAAGAAACAAGGGGAAGCGGCGCAGCUCCAGUGCCAGAGUGGUGGCAGCGCCAAAGUGAAUUCCUCUUGCCAGAUCUGCCCUCCACACUGGCACCUCCACCAGGACAAAUGUUACUGGCUAUCAAAGGCUUUGAAAUCCUGGAAUGAGAGCCAAAGUGACUGCUUAGCAAAGGGGGCUCAGCUGGCAGUGAUCCAAGUCGAGGAGAUGUUGUUAAAGAAGAUUACAGAGGAUACACAUAAAUAUUGGAUUGGACUCUUUUUAUCAGAGAAGAAAUGGAGGUUACAGGAACCACUGAGCUCUGCUGGAGAGGAAUCCUGUGGAAGAAUAAAGAGUAGCACAAUCACCCUUGAUAUCUGCACUGCUGUAUAUAAGUGGAUUUGCCAGAAAGAUCCCAUUUUAUUAUGA